GCUCCUGGGGCGAGCAGCCGCUCCGCCCCACCUCCCCUCCCAGCGCUCGGCGACCUUCCCCGCCUCUUUGGCUCGGGGCUGCAGAGCUUGCGGGCCCGCCCCCUUGCGAGCCCCUCCCUCAGGACCCCGCGGCGGGGACACACCCAGACACACCCCCACCGCGGCUGCCUCCGCCGCCCUGAACCGGGUCCCGGGGCGCCGCCCCCUUCCCCCUCCCGCGCCUCACCUGUGCGCCUGCUCUCUUUGCCCGGGUUCUGUGCCAUCUCCCUUCCCGCUUCGCAAGGUCCCCUUCUCCCUUGCUCCCUGACUUAACACGGAAGCUGCUCCAGUACCUGACUGGCCAACCCCAAGCGUUCCCGAUUCUCCCUUUUACAGCUCUCGCCCCUCCAGUGCCGACGCUAGAGAAAGACUUUACUUCAGGGGCUUCCUCCUCACUGGGGAAUUGCUGGAAAGAGCAAACAAAAAGGCGCUGGUGUAGGCUCCAAAAUAAACAUCUGAAUUCGUGAUGGCAUCGACAGAGGCUCUUAAUGGAUUAAAAGUUUCAAAACAAACAAUAACGCUUUGGAAAAAGGGUUGAAUGUCUGCCUGUACUUUCAGGCAUGACCAUGGAGAAAAGUGGGAACAUACAAUUGGAGAUCCCUGACUUCAGCAACUCUGUUCUGAGCCACCUCAACCAGCUACGAAUGCAAGGCCGUCUCUGUGAUAUUGUGGUCAAUGUGCAAGGACAAGCUUUUCGGGCUCACAAAGUAGUACUGGCUGCCAGCUCUCCUUAUUUCCGGGAUCACAUGUCCUUGAAUGAAAUGAGUACUGUGUCCAUUUCUGUCAUCAAAAACCCUACUGUUUUUGAAGAGCUCCUUUCUUUCUGUUACACGGGGCGGAUAUGCCUACAACUAGCAGAUAUUAUCAGCUACCUAACAGCAGCUAGUUUUCUGCAGAUGCAGCAUAUUAUCGACAAAUGUACACAGAUCCUAGAGGGCAUUCAUUUCAAAAUUAAUGUGGCUGAAGUUGAAGCAGAAUUAAGUCAAACGAGGACAAAGCACCCAGAGAGACCUCCAGAGUCACACAGGGUUACACCGACUCUAAACCGCUCACUUAGCCCACGACAUAAUGCUGCAAAGGGAAACUGGAGGGGGCAGGUCAGUGCUGUGCUGGAUAUCAGAGAGUUCAGUCCCCCUGAGGAAUCCACUAGUCCUCAGAUAAUUGAACAGAGUUCUGAUGUAGAGAGCCGGGAGUCCAUUCUUCGAAUCAACAGAGCAGGACAGUGGUAUGUAGAAACAGGACUAGCAGACCAGGGGGCACGGAGUGGAGAUGAAGUUAGGGUCCUUGGAGCAGUGCACAUCAAAACUGAAAACCUGGAAGAGUGGCUUGGGCCAGAGAAUCAGCCUUCCGGAGAAGAUGGGAGUAGUGCAGAGGAAGUCACAGCCAUGGUGAUUGACACCACAGGCCAUGGUUCUAUAGGACAGGAAAGUUACUCUUUAGGGUCUUUAGAAGCCAAGGUAGCUCGGCCAACCAGCAGUGAAGUUGACAGAUUUAGUCCCUCCGGCAGUGUUGUUUCCAUGACAGAAAGAUACAGAGCCAGAAGUGAGUCUCCUGGGAGAAUGGAUGAGCCUAAGCAACUCAGCUCCCAGGUAGAAGAGUCAGCAAUGAUGGGAGUAAGCGGCUAUGUGGAAUAUCUUCGAGAACAGGAAGUAUCUGAGCGGUGGUUCCGGUAUAAUCCCCGUCUCACUUGCAUCUACUGUGCCAAAUCUUUCAACCAAAAGGGAAGUCUGGACCGCCAUAUGCGCCUGCAUAUGGGAAUCACACCAUUUGUUUGUCGAAUGUGUGGAAAAAAGUAUACCCGGAAAGAUCAGCUAGAAUAUCAUAUCCGAAAGCACACAGGCAAUAAGCCCUUUCACUGUCAUGUUUGUGGCAAAAGUUUCCCCUUCCAGGCCAUCUUGAAUCAGCACUUUCGGAAAAACCACCCUGGCUGUAUUAUACCCCUGGAAGGGCCUCAUAGCAUUUCUCCUGAAACAACUGUCACAUCUCGACAGGCUGAAGAAGGGUCACCUACGCAGGAAGAAACAGUUGCUCCUGGGGAAUCUGCCCAAGGCUCAGUGUCUACUACUGGGCCAGAUUGAAAUAUUGAGGGGGAGGGGGCAGACUCCCUUCCCCUUUGGGCUGUAACCAGCCCAUAUCAGGACCAUGGGCUGGUACUUCGAUUCACAAAAUGCCACAUCGCUCAACUAGAAGAUGUUCCCAUGGUGUUGCCAAAUUAGAGGGUCAACAUGCAGCAAGCACUAAAGGCUCUUCUCUUUCCCACCUCACACUUUGGAAAAUAAUCAAGCAAAUCAGCUUCUAAUUCAGGGAUCAACAGCCUUGGUUUGUUAACUUUAUAAGAAAAAACUGUUUUUAACAAAACUGAUCAGUAAAUGGUCAUUUAUCUACCAGUCAUGAUUGAACAUUGUACUUAGGUCCAUAUCAUCUUGGUGGGUGAAAAAUCCUAGAUCUUAAAAAAAAAAAAAAAAAAAAAAAAAAAAAAAAGCAACAGGAGCUUUGGCCAACUGAAGCAGCCAGCAGAAGUGGGAAAUGUAGUCACAAUGGUGAGAAAGGGGAAUCUUUCCUUCCUGUUCCCUGCCAGAGCAUGCAUUUCCAUAUUUUAAGAAAAAGAAAUGAAUACUGGUGGUUCUUAUUAUUCUAAAAGGUUAGACUGUCUUUGCCCUGGGGAGGCAUCUAUUACUUUGCCUAGUUGUUUCAUGUGAUUGGCUACCUUGGAGCAGUAGUCAAGUGAGUAGCAUCACCUGAAGCAUGUUAGACAGGUAAAGGGAGCAGCCAAGCAUUUACAGUGAACACUUCUACAUGUGGGAGCUUGAGAUCGAGGAGAAAGGAAGGAAGUGUUUAUGCUUUGCAAACACUGUACAGCACAGAGCUGAGCUGCAACCUUCUGAUUGGUGUUUGUAAACCAUAACACUUGUGUACAUCCUUAGGUGUUAAAAAAAAAAAUGUUUCUAGUUAUGUGAGUUAUCCUGUUAGGCUGACUACCAAAAUGUCAUCAUCCUCUGCAGCUCCUAGUUUCAUAUAGCAGCAAUAGUGUACAUCAAAAUGUCACCUUCCAGUGAAAAGAUCCUGGAUUGUAUUUUUAAAUCCACGGGUCUCCACAUUUGAUAACUUUUAUAUGAAAUUUUUAAGCAGUUUUUUUUUUUCCUGCAAUAUUGUAGUUUAAGAGAGAUUCAACUCUGUUGUUCUUAUUGCAACCACAAUUUCAUUUCCUUCUACGUGUUUUGUACUUUAUAUUUUCAGUCCAAUGAAGAACCUCACUUAAAUAUAUGUCUUGGAUUUGCAGAUCUAUAUAUAAUUCAUAAACCAAUUUUUUUAAUAAUACACUACAGGGCACUUAACUUACAAGAAACUAUCUUGCACAACCAUGUUGCAAUAAAUGAUCGAGGGAUCAAUUUCUAUCAGGUAUGGUUACAUAAUCAUUCCUAAGAUUUUUGAAACUUCUAGGGACUUUUUUUAGUGAUUUUGAUUUUUUCCGAGAUUCUUAAUCCAGCUCUGAAUUUACCAAACACAUAGAGCUUUAUAUGCCCUGUCUUGCAUGCAGAGAAAGGAGUAGGAAUGCUAAACAAUACAGGCAAAAAGAUGCCUGAAGUCUACAGUGCAAAUAGAAGUCUCUAGCUUCUCUUGAGUAAUUUUAAAAGACUAUCUAAAUGUGUAAUGGUUUAAGUAAUUGUUUUGGUACAGGGAUGUGGAUGAUCCUAAGAGAUCUGGGAAAGGGGCUGGUCCUGCCUGCACUAGUGAGCCAUUUAUGAGAAUGUGAAGUUUGUGCUCCUUCCUUAUGAGCACCUUGUGGUAUGGAAAGGUGGAAAAAUACACUCUUGAUGAUAAGAAACUGGAAUGCAAAGGGUAGCUUUAAGCAAUCUGAGAAUUGUGUAUAUUAUAUCACUAGAGAACGGUUUUCUCUUCAGAAAAAGUACAGAAAUUCAUCUUUUAAAGGAGUUUUAUGGUGCUCCAAUUGAAGAGCCUGCCCUAAAAAGCAGCACUGAAAAGUAGUGUCUUUGAUAAUCACAGGCAGGCUUCUUGCUACUUAGUUGGGCAACAGCGUGAUGGAGUGAAAACUAUAGUAGAGAUUACUAUGCUCUGUGGCAUAAAAAUGUAAAGUUCCCGGGAAACAUUCUAGCUUUCAGUGGACAGAUUCUGUCAUCACUGAACAGGCAGGUAGCUGGUAAGUACAGAAAAUGCUGCUUUAGAUGGAUUUUUUUUAAUGUAACCAAAAAUAUUUUAAGUCUACCCUUCUUUUAAAAAGUUAAGUUGUAUGCUGAAAAGUUAUUUUUUGCAUUGUUAGCUUUUUAGGUCAAAUGUGAGUAAAUAGAGCUUUUAACUAUUACCAAAUUAUAAAGUUCAAGUGCAGUAAAGAGAAACUUCGGAGCACUUAUCAGCACUCCAUCCAAGGUCAGCCGCCAACAUCUUGAAUAGGGUAGAGACUAUUGUCAUGUGGAGAUGUUAGGCAUGUUUGGCAGGCUCUCUUCUGUUUUCAUUCAUUUCUAAUAGGUUUUUACUAUAUUGAUACUGUGAAUAGAGUGCUUCCGGUCCUACGACCACAUCAGCACAAUCAUCUUUGCUGUCUCUCCUCUAAUUGGCCUAGCCAGAGCCAUGAAAUUCAUGAGACUUCUAGCCAGGCUACCUUUGAAGCAAAUUAAAGUUUUCAAAAAUAAUCCUCUGUUUUAGCUAGAAGUAAUACCAUUCUAAAUAUACAGGAUUCAUAUCCAGAUUCACUGUGACAUUGUCCUACUUCUUUGCCAGCAUCACUAGGGUCGUAAGGGUUAGUAGUAUACUAGCUAUAUUAAUGAAUAUUGGUGUAUACAAGGAGUAUGCUCAUUAAGGGUGUACUAAAUUGACUUGAGCUGAUGCUGAAACUUACUGCCAAAUCUUGACUUGCACACGUCACCUUGUGAGGGGAACUGCAUUAAGAGUGAGAGCUAAAUCAGUAGGUAACUUAAUGCCAUGAAAUUGCAGUAUCAGGAACUAUUAUUGUUAAGUGGCACUUAGCAGAGGAGCUAUCCAAUAUUGUCAUCGGAAGCAGAGAGUUGCCCACAUGAGUUAUCUAUUUUCACUCUAAAUAGACUCUUUAUGCUCUCUGAAUUCUGAUACUGAUAUAACUGUGGCGUUCACAUGGCAGUAACACUGUAUUUACUCAGAAAGGCUCUUCCUAAUGAAUUCUUCUCUUUUUACUCAGAACCAUAAUUACCUCUAAACUGAGUUGAGUUUUAUUUUAUGUAAAUUCCAAGCAGCUCCAUAGUUUGGGAGGGUUUGUUUUGUUUUUGAUAUUUGAGAUAAGGUCUUUGCUAUGUAGCCCCUUGCUGUCCUUGUCCUCACUAUAUAGCUCAGCAGGGCCUUGAACUCAUAGGAAUCCUUCUGCCUCAACCUCGUAAGUACUGAGAUUACAGGCAUGUACCACCACACCUCGCCCCCAUUCCAUUUUUUUUUCUAAUAACGAACUAAAUCUAAUCUGGCCUCAUAAAAUUGAAUUAGUUUAUAAAAGACAGAGAAGAAAAAAAGCAGUUAAAAGUUUUCUUGUAUUUAUGCAUUUUUCUGUUUCCAGUUCCCUUGACAUCAGUGAAACAAAGAUGGUAUAUGAGUAAACAUAGAUUGUCCCUCCUUCUUCAUAGUGGAAAUCCAGCUUCAGUUGGAAUUGUCUGGUGAACUUCAUUUUUAAUAGCUGAGUAGUCCUUUGUCCAACAAAUAGCUUUUAUACAGUCUCAACUAACUAGCUCACACUAGUUUUUCUUUUGACUGGUGUAAUUACUUUUUGUUUGACAAGAAGGUCUAAUACAAAGACACAGAAGCAGUGGAAAAUGGAAAAGGAAAGACUUUUCCUUUUCUUUACGGUUUUUCAAGACAGGGUUUCUCUGUGUAGUUCUAGCUGUCCUGGAACUCGCUCUAUAAACCAGACUGGCCUCAAACUCAGAAAUCCGCCUGCCUCUGCUGGGACUAAAGGUGUUCGCUAUCACAACCUGGCAAGGAAAGACUUCUUAAUGUAGUAGAAAAAGCUCUUUAAUCAGAAAGAUUUGGAUUCUUGUAUGUAAGCAGGCGUAAUUUAUUUUUCUCUUCCAAAUAUGCCAUUUUUGUUAUUUGUAAACUUAUUUAUUCAAGCAAUAUUGAAUUAAUAAUCUUUGGGAAUGGAGCUUUUUCCAUAAGGCAACAAUGGAAAAGAACUUACAAUAAGAAAAUAUUUUCAUAGCUGAGUUAGGAAAGGAACAGCAAGCUAUUGCCAGGUAAUUCACUGACUCUGAGAGUAGCCUUCAGCAAAGCAGAUCCCUAGGGCUCUGAGUUAGAUCAGGGGUUCAGCAAACCAUGGCCCUUUAUGACUAUUUGCCACCUGCUUAUAGGAAGAAAAUUAUACUUUACACCUAUUUGCUUAGUUAUGUUUAUGGUUUCUUUGUACUAUAAUAAUAAAGUUGAGUAUGUGUCUAACAAAACCUAAAAAUACUGUAUCUGGAAGGUGUCAAAGAAAGUUUGCCAUCUUCUGGCUUACUUCCAGAAGGUUAACUCCACAUGAUUACACCUUUAGCAUAGUGUGAUAGAGACUUCAGAAGAGUGUGUCAUCUUUUUCCAGAUCCCCAUAAACCCUCUUAGUUUUUCUUCUGCUUGAUUCCCAUUCCAAAAAAGGGCAAUUAUAAUGGGUUAUGAGCCAAAAAGAAGCAGGGUUAUGAUUUGCCCUUGCCCAAAAGGUAUAAGUAGAUUAAGUUUAGAAUAGUAAUUGUUUAUAGCAAGAUACCGCUUAUAAGAAAAAUUUCACUUACAACAGGGUGGAGCUAAAUGAGUACCCUGUCAAAAGCUUUUUGUAAGUUUUGCCAUUUCUGAUCUUGCUUAAGCUGAUUUGCAUAAUAAUGACAUAAAUGAAUUUAACCCCUUAGAAUUAAAGAGAAAUAUCUGUUAUCGAUAGUUGUUACGGUUGUGAUGACUCUUGCCUGUAUCCUAGCCCUUAGGAAGGAAAGUAAAGAUAAGGAUCCAGAGUUCAGAAUUAUCUUUGGCUACAUAGUUUGAGGGUGGCCAAGGCUACAUGAGACUCUGUCUCAAAACAAAACAAAACAUGUUUGAUUCUUAUCAGAUGUACUGUUUUUCUAGAUUAGACAUCUAUGCUUUUCCCUUCAUUUUAAUCUUAAGAAAACACUCUGUACACAUCUUUUGGAUGUUUUAAAACAUCCUAUUCUUAGACCUAUUCUUGCAUAUCUGGUAUUGUCUAGUUUGUUAAAAUACAUGUUGGACCAUUACAUAUUUGCUUUGUAAACAUUCAUUCUUAGUGUUAUAUAAGGUGUGGAGAAACGUGAAAUGUUAAAGGUGUUCAUAAAAACCCUUCCAAGAGGAGAAUAUGGUUUCUCCCCAUUUGGAAGUAAUACAUGGGCAUUAGAGUUUCACUUGGGCUAGGCUGAGGUACUGCAGUACAAUGGGAGUUUGAUUUGUUUUUAUAAAUCCUAUAGUCAUAGAUCAAAGUGGGAUGAGUAACUAACUAGUCUCCACAUAAAACAAGUCUUUGAUUUGGUUUGUUUUAGUUUUGUUUUUUGUUUUGUUUUGUGACAGGGUCUCACUAUGUAACACUGGCUGGUCUAGAACUCCCUAUAUAGGUCAGACUGGCCUGGAACUCACAGCUAUCUGUCUGCCUCUGCCUCCUAAGUGCUGGGACUUUGGCAUUUGGCCACCCAGGCUGACCACCUCUUUGUUCUUAAAGUUGCCUUCUAAUAAGAUACUACUUUGUUUUAUGUGGUACAGCCACUGAAGAAUAGAUAAUCCUCAUUGUAAAGUUUCAGAAUAUUCAUCUAUGUUAAAUCUGCCUUGUUUCAGAGCACAUUACACUUAGUCAUAAUAGGAUUUCUGAUUGUUCCAGGACCUGUUACUUGAGAGAGAACUUGGCUGCAGAUAACUGAAUCAUCCACCUAUGCUCUGUUUAAAGGUCUUGCUAAUUAAUAGAUGUCAUUCAAGUAGGAAUUGAUAGCAAGCUUUGGAGUUUGCCCAGCAUUAUGACUAAUUCUCAGUGUUUUUGCUUCUGUGCUUUCCAAGGUUUUUCCUGGUCUUCAGAGCAGGAUUUUUAAAUGCUGCUUUUCCCCAGGCUGAUGUUUUCACUUAGAUAGUAAGUGGGCUUCUUCUUCAGGAUAGACCAAAGUUGAAUAGUGUGAGUAUGUUAGAACACCAGAGCUUGUUAUAGUACAAAGAAAGUAAUUGUUGCUACGGAGAGUGACCUCAAAUCCACAUUAUCUUUACAGAGGGUAUAAAAAUAAUUUUUAUAAAUAAUUUCUAAUCUCACAUCCUUCCCCUUGUAUAUCAGAAACACUUCUUAACAUAGUUAAAAGAACCCCAGUAGCUCAACUAGUAGAAGCUUUAAACAGCAAAGCUAACUUACAAAGACAGAGAGAACACAGUGUGUGUAUGUGGGGAGGGGGGGUUGCUUUCCUAAUGCUUGUUAUUUGUGUCUACUCAGUAGGUCCUGUGGAGGAGUCUCAAACGCACCACCCAGUUAAGGUAGUCUUCCAUUGAGCAUCACAUGUGACCAACACCAUAAUUGAAUACCAUGAAUCUUAGCAUGUGAAUUAACCCAUAAUGCCAGAAGUUAAAGUAUCUCAUGGAGACAUGCAGUUACUUAUCUUCACUGGUAGGUAAUAUACAAGAAACUUAUAUCCAUUAAAUAAAUGUUAGAUACUUUUUGGUACCAAACAGUGUGGUUGGAAUCUGUAAAACAAAGUUAGCUUUAGUUAGUUCUUCUGGAGUUUUUGUUUUGUUUUGAGUUUUUUGUUUUUUGUUUUUUUUAAGAGACAGGGUCUCUCUAGGGAGCCCUGACUGUCCUAGAAUAUGCCAGGCUGGCGUUGACCUCAUAGAGAUCUGCUGCCUCUGCCUCCACCUCCUGAGUGUUGGGUCCAAAGGUGUACUCCACCAUGCCAAGCAUGACUUCCCAUUCUUGAGAAUCCCACACCUACUUUUUGGGAGUCUGAGGCACUGUUUUUUUUAGAGAGCUUGCACUUUUUACUAUAGAGAGAGAAGUUCUAAAGAAGCACCUACCUGUUCUUUGUGUUCUACUAGCAUAUCUGCAAUUAUGUCAAAAUAUUUCUGAGGUGAUAAGAGUAAUAAUAAAAACAGUCAACUUUCUUGAGUGUUUAUAUGCCAGACACAGUUGUAUGAAUUUAUCUAAUCCUUGUCAGUCUGUUGUGAUUGUUGUUACCUUCAUUUUAGAGAGAAGGACAUUCCUUGUCUGUACAUAAGCAGUCUAACCAGAUUUUCUGGAUAGCCUUCAGUGCCUUUAGAGAGUAUAAUUAUGGCACAUUUUAUAGAUGAGGGUACAUAACUUGACAGCUUGUAUUUACCAAUCCAAUUCCAAAGCCCAGACUACCUCUACUAUAUCACAUUUACUUUCUGUACAGUAUCUAGUGAUGUUCCUACUUUUAGUGAACUUGCAAUCAAGAGUAGAGGCUGGAGAAAUGGUUAAGGCUCAAUGGUUAACGGCAUUGACUGUUCUUCCUGAGGCCUACAUUUGGCUUCCUAGCACCUCCAUGACAGCUCACAACUGUCUGUUAUUCCAGUCCCAGGGGAUCCAAAGCCCCCUUCUGGCCUCUUCAGGUACUAGGCAUGCACAUUGUACAAAGACAUACAUGCAGGCAAAACACCCAUAGACAUAUAAAUAAGUAAAAUUUAGUACAACCCAAGAGUAAGUUAUUAGCAUAUUUCUUCAAAGGAUCAUGUAGUUGGGCUCUAUGCAGACUUGAGUAGGAACAUUGCCCACUUAUUCAGAAGAAUUACCCAUUUGGUAUAUCUAAUUUUAAGUAAGUUGAGUGAGUUACUGUUUAAAAAUAAAACUGUUUUCUGGUCAUCUAUUGCUGUGUAAUAAAGUACCCUAAAGUUUAACUUGAAAGUCGCUUAACAACCAUUUUAUAAAUCUUGACUGUAAAAAGUUAGAAAUGAAGGAAGGGGCAGGUGUUUGAACUGGUCUGGAAGAUCCAAGAUUAUGUCAUGCAUGCUUAAUGUAGGGAGAAUUGAAAAGCUGGGCUUUUGCCUUUCCUUUGAAGGAUUUUUUUUUUUUUUCAAGACAGAGUUUAUCUGUGUAGUUUCACUCUGUAGACCAGGCUGGGCUUGAACUAAGAGAUCCACCUGCCUCAGCCUCCCAGGUACUGGGAUUAAAGGCAUGCACCACCACCACCUGGCAGGUAGUUGGGCUUCUUAAUAUGGAAGCUCAGGCCAAUAAAACCUGGGCAAAAGAUCUGGUCUUCUUAAAGGCCACGCCAACAAUCAUCAUGAGAUCACUUCCAUAAGCCCAGAUCUUAGGGAAGAGGAAAUACCCUAACACUUUAUGAAAUACAUAAAGAGAUUUUGAGACCAUGUUUAACUGUUUACAGGUAACAUUAUGUUUUUAAUUUUUUUUCCUAGACAUUUCAUGGUCAGUUAUUAGUGCCAUUGAAGCCAUUUAUUACAUCUACUGUGGGGCAGUUAAUGAUCUAGGAGAAUGAGACAAAUAGUUGAGACUCAUUUUAUUAGUUACUCCCCUUCCCUUGAGUUCCUUUUAAAGCAGUCAUUCCUUUUCCACUUUGUACUGUGAUCAGGUUUUGAGCUUUUGCUAUAGUUGCUGUGAAACCAUGAUAGCUCUACAGGCUGAGCCAAAAAUACUCCCUAAGAAGUAAAAAGCUCACUGUUUGAAAUUUUGGGGUUUUGUUUUGUUUUGUUUUUCUUUUUUGGAAACAGCUGUAUUUUCAGUUUAUAAAUAUGUGGAAAACUUCUGUGAUAGGGCUACUAAAUCAUUUUCAGGAAUUUCUGUUGUGGGCUACAUAUCAUAUUGUUGAGAUCAUAAGAGGUUCUUCUACUGAGGUCUUACAUGUGUUUCAGGCAAAAGUUCUAACCACUGAGCUACACCUCCAGCUUAUGAUAGUAAACGUUUUACCUACUUAUCUCAUUUCAUCUCUAUCUCUACCACUUCUCCUCUCAUAUAAUUUUGUGCUGAAAGAUGAAUUGCCUGAUCCCAUUCUUAGUACUUUUCUUAUAGGAAAGUCAAUUGCCCAAUUUUGUGUGUCAUUAGUUUGUGUUUCCAGCCUCUCACAUUCAAAGUCACAGGUCAUUGAAGUUUUUUUGAGGCUGGAGUUGUCAGAUUUAUAAUGCUUUAUUUAAACCCCUGAUGACUUAAAAUAAUUAGACUAUAAAACUUAAACUAUCCUGUACUGAGAAGAUGGUAGAGAACUGUACUCUACUCAUUGUCCCCUAUCAAUACCCCUCCAAGAGAAGGAAGGUCUGAGAUAGCACGUGAGAUAGAUACAUUCCCAGAAAAGUAGCUGUCAUUCCCGUUCUCAUGCAAUAUAAUGAUCUCUGUUGCUAAGUGAGGCCUAGGGAAAUAGAGGGGGACUAGGAGCCAGGUACUUACAGUGUCAUUAGAUACCCAGAGGUAGAAUGGAGAUUAAUUGGAUUGUAUCGUGUAAAGAUCUGGAGAAGUUUUUAGUGAAUAAAAAGAAUAGAACUUAAAGCUUUUUUUAAUACUCAUUUCCACUGUGGUAUACUCUAUCUCUGCCCUUUUUUCGGGGAGGGGGAAGUUCGAGACAGGGUUUCUCUGUGUAGACCAGGCUGGCUUGGAACUCACAGAGAUCCACCUGCCUCUGCCUCUCUCAUGCUGGGGUUAAAGGCAUGUGCCACUGCUGCCCAGCAAACUCUGCCCUUCUUGACAGAGAAACUUUGAAAUCACAGUCGUAGGAAAUGGCAGUUUUACUGUGAUAACCAAUGUUAUGACUCACAUAUUAUCUAACUCAUUGGGAACUUCUCUGGAAUCUUUGUGGUCUCGAGGUUAGAGUCAUUGUAUGGUUGCAAAGAAAAAGAGAGCAAGAUGAGAAAAGGGAAUCACAGAUUGACAAUCUUUCCUUUCCUUUCAGCGUCACAGUCACGACAUCCAGAGUGAGUAGAUGCUACUUGAGGGUUAGAGUUCCACCCUUAGCCUCAUCUUGAGCAGAUGCUGAUGACAUUUGAGAAUGGUCUGUUUCCUGUAAGUCAUAGAAACCCAACUGCAGUGGUUAAGAACCACUCAAAACCAGAGAUGCUAUGCAGGGAACAAAACUUAAAUGUGUUUCCUCUGGAAGCCAAAUUACUAGAGAGGUCACUAAAAGUGUGCUGGAAGUCACCUCUGAAAUGCUAUCAGAUGGCAAACAUUUAGAGUUUAUAUGGAGUUUCUAGUAUUUUUACAUAAAUAACUUUUAAGUCUGGUAAUGAGUCUUGUUUUUUAAUGAGCCUGUUUUCUUUUUGGAAAAUUGGCUCAAUAAAAGUAUCGCUAAAGAAUUCAAUUGUAUAUGCAUGUGCAUUUAACACAGAGUGGUAUACUGAAGAUAGUUCAUGCAAAUAACUUUUAUGGGAAGUUUAGCUAUUUUCUUAAUGUCUUUUUCAUAAAUGUAUGUUUAUAAAUAUAUUUACUCACCUACCAUGAUCUUGGUAGCAUAGAAGCAUUUCAUUAGUUGUGUUGUACUAAAAAUUAAAUUCUUGGCAUAGUAGGUUAUGAGAGCUUUAGUUAACUUUGUUAUUUGGGUUAAAAAAAUUUUCUUGCACUUUCUGUUUAUAAAGAUGUUAUAACACAUCUAACAGUUAGUGCAGCUGCUUUUUUUUUAGAGCCAGCAUAUGUAAGUAUUAAAGUGAUAUAUAUGCUUAAAGCCCUCAAAAAAGAAAAUGUGCAUAUAGCUACCUGAGAAGGGUUAGGGAUCAGUACACAAAAUACAGCCUGAAAGUUAGCUGUUGGGAUACACAUACUGUUGCUGUGAAUUGCAAUAUAUUGCUGAGUUGUCAGGUAUAUGUGUGUGAAUUAUGUAUAUGUAAGGAAAAGGUGUUUAAUGAAGGCACAGAUAAGUCAGUGUAAAAUAUCCUACCUCCUGCUAAAUAAUGAUCAUAUUCAAGAUUGCCCUGUAGCCCUUAGACGUGAGCCUGAUUCCCCAGCCACUCUAACCCCAUCCUUUUCUACAUUUCAGCUUCUCUACCUCUGAGCAUUUCCCUGAAAAAAUAAGGUGUAGCUUUCUAAAGCAAGCAGAGGAAAGUUAGACUCAAAAUACAGAGGUUACCAUGCAGAUGUUAAUGUUUGAUCUGUACCUCCCUAGCCACACACCUGUCUGGUAGAAGUGCCUAGUAGAGGUAGACAAGAGGCUUUCUUGGUUUUGCUAUCUGUGCUACAUACACAUAGACAGAGUUUUACUUUGUUACUCAGACUGGCCUCAAACUCUCCAUUCUCCUGACUCACCCUCCAUUUUUGCUGCCCAAGGACAGAACCCCAGGCCUUGCUUUGUAGCUCAGGCUGGCUUAAAUUUUUACUGUUCCUUCCUUGGCCUCUUGACUGCUGCCACUUCCAACAUGUGCCACCGCACCCACUUUUUGCAUUUGUUCUUAAAGACUUUCCCAAUUCCUUUGAAUGAUGUGAAACAUCACCGCUCUUUCAUUGCCGUUUGCAGUUCAUUUUGUAGGGACUGGAAUAUUAACUCCAUUUUCCUAACAAUGAGCCUACUACCAAUGGGUAUACAAUGACAGGAUUUUUGGAAAAUCUGUUUUGUUUUUGAUUACUCCAAAGAGAGGUGAGGUUUUUUUUUUUUUUUAUGCCAAUUACUGUGGUAAUAGUCAAGAUUUGGAUUUUGUACAUGGCAGAAAAGUUCAACAGUAAAAUGCCACCUAAUCAGAACUGAUUUCUCCUUGAGGAGGUAGUUUCCAAUGCCAAGUUGGCUUACCUACCGCUUGAACAUUUGUUACUGUUGGCUCUAACAGCUAUCCUGGAAUGCUUUCCACCUUUUCGUUCGAAAGCUCUGUCUGGGUUAUAAUGUCUAAAACAGGAAUUCUCUGGUUAGAAGUGAAAAUGAAUGAAUUAUCCAUUUUCAGAUCUUUAGGGUUGCCACUUUUUUCUGGGUACUGUUUUUUCUUGUGACAUUAGGUAGGGUAGGUAGAGAAUACAGACAAUGUGAAAUUGCCAGUAGGGAGAGAAGCAUUCCUUGUAAGUGACUGUGAGUAGUUUGUGAAUAAAUCCAGUAUGAGUUCUCCAGGGAGAAAGAUGGGUAAAACACAUUGACUCUGUUCACCACAACUGUUUCGUUGAUAAACCAUGGAAUCGUUCUCAGUCUUUUAGCUAUUUAGCUAUGCUCGUAUUUCAGACUCAGGAGAUAAGUUGUGCUUAGGAAACUUUCUUCCUCUGGCUUAUUGUUGGUGCAGAGUGUCUUGUCCUAGGCCUUCCCCAUGAUGUCUUGCUAUCAACUGUACUUUAAAACACAUGCUUAGUUAAGUCUUACUUAAUAAUACUUUAUUGUCAGUGUUGUUGUCUUUUUGCUCAAACCAAUUUAUUUGGAAAGGAAAAAAAAGUAAAGAAGUACCCAGGUCAUUUUCUAAGUUACAUUAAAUUUGUGACUCUAGAAGGAAACAGAUUCUUACCCUCUUCCUCUGGCUUGGAUGAGCAUUGGCUUUGUGUUGUCUGUUUAAAAAUCAUUUGAAACCCUUCCAUACAUUCACAUUUGACUGGUCUGUUGUGCAACCCAGGCUUUAGAGAGAUCCCUAGGAAUGAAGUGGGGAUGCAGUGUGGCUUUGCUGGAGAGCUCCUACUUAGCAUACACAAGCCCCUGGGUUCAUUUCCCUAAACAACAAUAGAAACCUGCCAGGAUGAUUGUGGUGUACAGCCAGGAUAGACUUUGUGAGUAGUCAUUGGUGGUCUUGGGCAGGAAAACCUCAAACUAGUAUUCUCUCUUUCCUUAACUUCCAAGUAAAAUGAAGGUUGAAGGUGGGUUUUUUGUUCAUUUGUCCUUGUUUGAAAAGAGAAAAAGAACUCCUUGGAGUGGAAGGGAGUCCAGGAGAGAAAUGCCUGAAGCUAGUUUUCUUGAUCCAGGUACCUUUGCUGCUAUCCCAGGCAUGCCUCUUGGUUUAAAGCUGGCAGUGGGCCAGAGCUCAGACUCAUCUAUUUCUUCUCAGAGUAGGUCUGCAGGAAAAUGUUACACUUAAUCCUCUAUCCUCUGUGCCAAAUACAAAGUGUGUAUAAGUAGAUGAAAGCAGUUUUCAAGGUCUGUUCUCUAGAGUCCUUUUCCUCUGUGUACUUGAUUUGAGUGCAGAUUGCUCAGUUCUGAUAGCUAAAAUAGAGCAACACUUGCGUGUAUUGUAGAAACGCAAAGCCAAGCCCAAACUGUCUGUGGCUACUUUUCUUUGUAAAUUAAACAAGCAGUGUUGCUGCUUAAUGGAGAAAAGAAAAAUUCUGUCUUGGGUGAUCAUAAUACUUCUGAUGAUUUGUCUCUUAGCCUGGUAGGAUUUUUUUUUUUUUUUUUUUUUUUUUUUUUUUUUUUUUUUUUGUCUGUCAAUUGAUUCUUCCUUUUCCUUAGCUGCUUCUUUCUGAAUGAAAUGAACUAGCCAAGGCUUAAAUAUUUCUGAUUAGUAUGUGAAAUUUUCACAUCUUUGUUCUAGGAUGUUGAAAGACCUAACCCAGUAAUUCCCAAAUGAGAUUCCAUAGCUUCCAUUCUUACCCUAAGUAGAAGAGAUGUGUAAUGGCAUGACAGUUUAUUACCUGCCUAUGGCAACCUUACACAUGGUAGUAGGGCAGGAAGAGUUGUUCUGUCCAUCAGCCAUAAAAAAAAUGAAAACCGCUUUUCAGUGUAGCUACUAAGCAGCUUUUAGCUGCUGAAAGAAAUGUGUGCUGCAAAAGCAAGUUCAGUGUAGCAGACUCUUGAGUAGCCUCCACACAUAGAAAAUUCUGUUCAUACAUUCCUCAUAAGUAAUUGAUAAUUUGGACUCAAGGAAAAGGUGGGCUAAGGAAAAAGUUGGUGAGUACAGAGGACUAAUUAGCAUCAGAAUACGAACUCUUGUUCUGAGUAGCAUUAAGGCCUUGGUGUUGAUUGGCUGUAAAUGCUGCAGCAUCAGAGACCCAACUGCCUCCCUAACCUUGAAACUUGCUAAACACUUGCUGGUUGUGAGUGGGACGGGAAAGCAGCUACCAUGGAAAACCCCUAGGGCUUUCAUGCUGGAGAAUGUUGUGGAAUACUGUGAAAUUUGCUGAACUUUAUGCAGAUUAUACCACACUGGACUUAAAGAUUUGAAGAGACAAAAGAGGAAGGUGGGGAAGUGGUAGUAAAAGGUAAAUGUUUCAACUUUUGAUACUUUGAGCAAGGGGUAAAAGAAUUUCUACUACAACUGUAAAGUCAGAUCAUCUUCUGCCCUAAUGCAUUCAUUGUCUUGCUCAUUCAUUCAUUCAUUCAUUCAUUCAUUCAUUCAUUCUGCCUUCCUUGUCCCCACCUCUCUUUCUUUUUUUACUGGGUAUUGAACCUAAGAAUCUGGAGCAUGCUGGGCAAGCAUUCUGCCACUGAACUAUAUAACUACAGAUCCUAAUUCUUUCUGAAACAGCUAAGCAACUGUUGGUCUGGUCACUGUGUGACCUAGCUCCAUCUCCUGGCUCUCAGUAAAAGCAAAAGUCAUUACUGAACUAUAAGCCAAGGAAGUGUGCUCUCAGAGUCCAUUAGCCCUUCAUCUGCUGUGGUCUCUUCACAGCAUCAGCCUGUUGCAUUGUUUUGUGUUCUAAUGGAUUUACUACUCAGGACCCAAUGGCUUUCUUUCCCUUUAAGACAUCUUAAGACAGCAUUCUAGACCUCUGCUCUAGCACUCUACCUAAGUGAGGGAAAAGCACAUUGGCUGAGCACUUAGAUUUCCUGCUUUCUGUCUUUUAGGAUAGGGCCCCCUCAGGCACUGCCUCUGAGGCUGAGGGUUGAAAGAGGAAAGGCAAUGCAGCAGAGAUCUGGUUCUUUCAGAUGGACCCUUUCUGAAGGAACUACCCUUCUCUAUGGUGCUUAUUUAAUGGGUGACAGCUGUCUCCCAACUACCUGUCCCUGGCACUGUGCCUUCCCACUGGUCACUGUGAAAAGUAGAUCACACUGGACUCAGAGGCCAGAAUCCAGGACAAGAUCCCUCUUCUUGAGCCCAUUACAUCAUGCAGCUUCUAAUGUAGCAUUAACUUCUCUUUGAGGACUUCAAGGGUUUUCUUCCCAAGAAACAGUAAAACAUUUACAAGAAAACAGAAAAGUAGAUUUGGCUUAUAACUGUCACAUUAAGAAAUCACAGAAAGAUUUCACUUCAGCUGCUGCUGAGUGACAGCAAGGAUCAAACUGCAGUCGUCUCCUGUUUCUGAAGCUGACAUAGUAGCGUUUGCAAAAAGCACCCACCUAGACAGUUUCCACAGCUGUUCAUCAAGGAGAAUUCAUGUUGAAACAGACAAUCACUUUCUAAAACAUUAGUCCUGGACAGGAAUGGGAUAGAUUAUUUUUAACUCUUAGGAAUUUAACAGUCUGCUUUCUCCCUAUGAAGAGUCUUAACAUUUGAGAUUUGUGUCUUUUAUCUGCAACAAUUACUCCGUUAGUAGUAAAGAUGCCUCAGAAAAGAGUGUGCCCAGGAAGCGCUCCCACGUCACUGAGAACACUGGGCUGGCUGUGUGCAUCUUAUCUCCUAAGACUUUGUUUUGUUGUGACCUUAAUUAUAAGUAUCUAUAUAUAGCAGUAGGCUUUUCUCUCCCCAGCCUCUUUUAAUCAUCACUUAAGUGUAAGCCCUUCCCCUUUACUGAAAAAAAAAAAAACAAAACAAAAAGUAUGCACUUUAAUUCCUAAGGAGUGUGGCUGUUCCUGUCCCUGAAGCCAGAACUCAGGAGGAAAGCUGAAGAGGGAAAACUCUUGCCAGACCCUGUAAGAUUUAACCAAAUUUCUUUGCCCCUACCCCUUACAUAUGCUAGGCAACUGCUGCCCCAGUCACAAAUAUCUUAAUGUGAACACAAAUUACCAUCUAUUUUUAAGCUGCCCCCAAGCACUCUCUGACAAAGGGGGAAAGAACCAGUUAAAAAAAAAAAAGUUCAAGAUACCUACUCUGAUUUUGGAUUUUUUCCUAGGGAAAAUUUUAUUUUUAUUUAUUUUUUAGCUACCAAAUUAUAAAAAAAAAAAAUUAUGUGUUUUGUGGUAAGAUUUUCUUCCUCUUUUUUUUUUUUGAUUAAAGAUCAAGUGAAACUACAACAAUGCUAAAAUAUUAUUCAGAAUUAUGUCACGUCUAAGUUAAGUACUGGGUUCAUUUCCCCUUAAUUUGACAGGUGUCUUUGGACUCUCCUCCUGUAGAUUCUGACUUUCCCCUGGUGACAAGCCAAUAAUUCUUGGAGAGAUAGCAUGUCUCCUACAGCCCUGUUGUGUCGGGGAGGGGGGAGGGCAGGAGGGUCAGGGGAGGGAAACUCAAAGAAUUAAGAUGUGGGUUUAUAUAAACAUAUUUAAAGCAGUUAGCAAAAGCUUUCUCGUUGAACAGCUUUAAGAACAAUGUGAAUGAAACCUUAGCAACUUGGUUAGUAAUCUGAAAAGUCUAUUAAUGUAUACUUGAAAUUCUGUUUGCAUAAAAAUGCAUUUCCUCUUUAUUUUGACACUGUGUAUAAGAACAUUAUGCAUGUGAGUGGUUUGAGAAAUAAAAGGUUUAAUACUCA